AAAAGUUGCCCUCCGACGGUCUCCAGCCUCCUACUUCCUCCCCCGGCCCCGCGGCUGAGUUGGAGUCCGGCGGGGAGGAGCCGGGCAGGGACCUGCGAGGUCGCGGCGCGGAGCCGGCUGCCUUCCUCGCGGUCCUCAGCGCCGGCGGCUCCGGCUCCGGGUCCGCGUCCUCAGGACCACGCACAAACUUUCGGGAUUGUCCCGGGACACUUUUCCGGCGAGUCCGCACCACGCGGGGAGGAGGAGCCACGGCCAGGGGGACAGAUUUUGGAAGUCUUCCUGGUGUUUCUAGCCGCGCCAAGUGUUGGGUAAUUUUUUCCUGCCCCUCCAAUAGUGAAGUGAGCAAAAACACCCAGCAGGAGGCGAUUGAAGAGCCGUCACAGGAGGAACAGUUGAUCAGUGCCCUCCUUGUAAUACCCUUCAGAGCCAUCGGUUGAAAAUAGCCGUUUUUGUUUUUCUUUUGGCACGGUUUUGGAGGGUGACAAUGAAAUGUGAAGAAGUUACAUUUCUUAUGUGAUACUUGAAAGUUAGUGACUGCUUACGAAAUAUUCAUGAAAAUUAAAUAUGACUUAGAAGCACUGAUCUAUGAAGGUUUAUGAUGUCAUCGGUUGCGACAGAAAGCAAACUCCAGCAGGCUGUGAGCCUGCAGGGAGUUGACCCAGAAACAUGCAUGAUUGUAUUUAAAAACCACUGGGCACAGGUUGUGAAGAUCCUAGAGAAGCACGACCCCUUGAAGAACACCCAGGCGAAAUAUGGAUCCAUCCCUCCAGAUGAGGCCAGUGCAGUGCAGAAUUAUGUAGAACACAUGCUCUUCUUGCUGAUUGAAGAACAAGCCAAGGAUGCUGCAAUGGGGCCAAUCCUGGAAUUCGUGGUCUCUGAGAACAUUAUGGAGAAACUCUUCCUUUGGAGCUUGAGGCGGGAAUUUACUGAUGACACUAAAAUCGAGCAGCUAAAAAUGUACGAGAUGCUGGUCACUCAGUCGCAUCAGCCCCUGCUGCACCACAAGCCCAUUCUGAAGCCCUUGAUGAUGCUGCUGAGCUCUUGCUCAGGGACAACCACCCCUGCCGUGGAGGGGAAACUGGUUGUCCUGCUCAAUCAGCUCUGUUCCAUCCUUGCCAAAGAUCCAUCCAUCCUGGAACUAUUUUUCCACACAAGCGAGGACCAAGGGGCGGCCAACUUCCUCAUCUUCUCCCUUCUGAUUCCCUUCAUUCAUCGAGAGGGGGCCGUGGGUCAGCAGGCCCGGGAUGCUUUGCUUUUCAUCAUGUCCCUGUCCGCGGAGAACACCGUGGUGGCCCAGCACAUCGUGGAGAACACCUACUUCUGUCCAGUGCUUGCAACUGGGCUCAGUGGUCUCUACUCUUCCCUGCCUACAAAGCUAGAAGAGAAAGGCGAGGAGUGGCACUGCCUUCUGAAAGAUGACUGGCUCCUACUCCCUUCUCUCGUCCAGUUCAUGAACUCCUUGGAAUUUUGCAAUGCUGUCAUACAGGUGGCUCAUCCCUUAAUUCGUAAUCAGCUUGUAAAUUAUAUUUACAAUGGGUUCUUGGUACCAGUCUUGGCUCCUGCUCUCCAUAAGGUGACUGUGGAGGAGGUCAUGACCACAACUGCCUAUUUGGACCUUUUUCUGCGGAGCAUCUCCGAGCCAGCACUACUUGAGAUCUUCCUCCGUUUCAUCCUGUUGCACCAGCACGAGAAUGUCCACAUCCUAGACACUCUCACGAGUCGAAUCAACACCCCAUUUCGGCUCUGUGUGGUGUCCCUGGCAUUAUUUAGGACUCUCAUCGGUUUACACUGUGAAGAUGUGAUGCUACAGCUAGUUCUGAGGUACCUGAUCCCUUGCAAUCACAUGAUGCUGAGUCAGAGGUGGGCUGUGAAGGAGAGAGACUGUUACUCUGUGUCUGCAGCCAAGCUGCUCGCCCUGACCCCUGUCUGCUGCUCCAGCGGGAUCACCCUGACGCUUGGGAACCAAGAGAGGGAUUAUAUUCUCUGGUCAAAGUGUACGCAUGAUACUUCAGGGCCCGCCGAGCAGCUCGCAGAGGCGCCCGCCCCGUCGGCCUGCAUUGUGCAGUACGGCAAGGCCCUGGACAUCAGCUACCUGCAGUACCUGUGGGAGGCCCACACCAACAUCCUGCGCUGCAUGAGGGACUGCCGCGUCUGGUCCGCCCUCUACGACGGGGAUUCCCCCGACCCCGACACCUUUCUCCGGAGCCUGCCAGAGGAGAGCCCUGCCAGCUCCGCCUACCCCGGGCUCAGGCUCCCGCCGCAGCUCCCCAGCAAGACAGGGCCUCAGCCGGCUCCGAGAAAGGACAAGAGCCAGACGGAACUGGAGUGGGACGACAGCUAUGACACCGGGAUCUCCCCGGGGGCUGCCGUGGGCUCCCCCCGGCCUUAUGAUGAUCUGGAGAAUCCUGGCCUGCCAGCACCAAUCGACCCCCCUAAACACAUCCAGGAGAUGAAGAGGACCGCCAUCCUCCGCUUCAAAGGGUCCUACAUCGAGGAGUCCGACUUCCAGGAUGAUGUGAUGGUGUACAGGCUGUGUGCGGAGAAGGACUCUGAGGACACUGGAAAGUCACAGGAGGAGCCCGCAAGCCCCCUGGCCCAAGGCCAGACCGAGGUGCAGAGCACCCCCACGAACAACGGCCCCCUGCCCAGCCCUCAGCCAGAAACAGACUCCGAGGGGGAGCAUCACAGGGACAACUCGGACAUGUUUCCAGAUGUGUCCGAGGAGCAGCCACAAGAGAAGGAGCCCGAGGAAACCCCAGAACCAAACUCAGAGUUAGCAACCCCCCUCUCCGAGGCAGAGCACAGUUCAGACCCGACGGCUGCUGACCCAGAGGGAGAUUUCAUUGCCCGGUAUGACCAGAUCAUUAAAGACCUGGAUUCUGGCAGCGAGGGCUUGAUGGAACAGAACUUCUCCUCACCUGAUGCCUUGCUCGUCACAAAUGAGCAAGAAGGGAAGGAAGAGAGCAGAGGAGGAAGGGAGGCGGAGGAGGGGAAGGAGGACCUGGAAGAGGAGGAUGACUUUGACGCUUUCAUAGUGGAAGCUCCUGCCGAGGAGACCGUGCCGUCCCCGUUUGGGGUGAGAGACGAGACUGACCUUGCCAGUCACCACCCCAUGAGGACUCAGAGCACCCCAUUCACAGGCCCAUUCAUCAGUGUGGUCCUGUCAAAGUUGGAGAACAUGCUGGAGAACUCUUUGCAUGUUAAUCUGCUGCUAAUCGGGAUCAUUACUCAGCUAGCCAGCUACCCCCAGCCACUUCUGCGCUCCUUUCUGCUCAACACCAACAUGGUCUUCCAGCCAAGUGUCCGUUCUCUCUACCAGGUCCUAGCAUCUGUGAAAAACAAAAUUGAACAGUUUGCUUCUGUGGAGAGAGACUUCCCAGGACUCCUCAUACAAGCCCAGCAAUACCUGCUCUUCCGAGUGGACAUGUCCGACGUGACACCUGAGUCACUAACCAAAGAUCCCACUCAGGAUGCUUCCAGGACAGGAACUGGCAGGAGCCUUUUGGAUGGUCCCCCAAGAGUGCUUCAGCCCUUCCUGACAAACAGAGCCAAGGUGGCCGGGGUGCCCCCGAGCCUGCCGCUGCCUGUGAGGAACACCAUGCUGGCCGCCGCCCUCUUCCCGGAGUUCCUGAAGGAGCUGGCGGCCUUGGCCCAGGAACACUCCAUUCUCUGUUACAAGAUCCUGGGGGACUUCGAGGACUCCUAUUGUUAGCUUUUUUUUUUUUUUUAAAAUAGAGGUUCUUGUUUUUUAAGGUUAUAGUGUCUUGACUGAAUGUUAAAUGCAAAGCUGCUUACAAAAAUUUCUACUUUGAUAUUUCCUGACAAUACUUGAUUUGUGGGGAGGGGACCUUUCUGUCCACCUCCUCUCCUCUAGCCGGGUCUUUCCGCCCUGCUUUAAACAGAAUGUAAGUCUCAUAAGCUGGCUGCUCCUUUGCUGGGGCUUCUUUGCUCGGUUGUUCUUCCUCAAAUAUUUUGGUGGUUAUUCUCCAUCCCUUUGUGUCAACUCAUCUUGCAGCAUAGAUCGCACCAAGCGGAUUCUGGGGUUCAGUGAUUUCUGGAGGCACCCGUGUCAGGAGGUCGGCCCCUCCAUCACACGCGAAGCGAGCACACCGUUCCCGUGGCCCUCUGCACCUUGGCUUCCGUUUUAUAAAAGGGAAGAAUAAAGAAGGGCCCCCUCGCCUCCAUCACGUAAGCGCGCACCACGUGUCCCUUUGCAUUUUACGCCCAACACUCGCGUUCGGAGUCGGGUGCGGUUGGAGGGAACCUGGAAAGCAGGGCAGUUUCCUUGCUGCUGGAGAGAUGACUCGGUGGAUCACCCAAACACGGAAAGUAGCCUUAUCGUAGUCAGAUUUACACAAAGUGAAAUAUACCUAUGCAAACUGUUUCUUUGGUUUUUAGGAUUUUGCUCAGAAGAAAGCAUGCUAUCAUAGCUAUCACAUACUUAUAUAAGAUGAUGGCCAUCAUUAUUUUUUAGAGUGUUUUAUGAAAAACAGAUUAAUUUGUGGAGCUCUUUCAUAGGUGGCUGUUUUUGGUUUGUUUGUUGGUGUAUGUGUGUGGGGGGAAUAUGGAGUGAGGGGAAAAGAACUUAAAUGUAGCCUGUAAAAUCAUUGGUAAUUAUUUUAAAUUUUGUUUGCUUUUCCUAACGUGUUGCACUUUGUAGAAAACCAGAAGUCCUGGCACUUUGGGAGUUGGGAUGGAAAUGCAAACAGGUCGUAGGGAGCCUUGCAACGCCAAGUGCCUGCUCCACGCAGGAAUGCCGCCUCCUGAGUAAUGGGGUUCGUUAGAAGACUCCAGAGUGACGUGUUAGUGCCUCCCUGCUGCUUUUCUGCCUGUUCCAAGAGGCACAGUUAUACUUAGAGCCACAGUCUCCUCAAACCACUGAGGAGGGGAAACAAAAUAAUUGUGGGCUAAAAAUGAUACCCUAAACUGGUAUCGAUAGGUCUUCAGUUCUACUUUGGGUAUUCAAUUCCCCCUGUAUUUGGGGCAGGUGAUAGACACCCACGAGGAGGAGCCGCCCUGUUUGGAGAGAAGUUGGAAGCUCCAGCUCUCUCUCUGUGGGCGUCACUGCUGAGCCCCAGGGGGAGGGGGGAGGGUGGUGGGCAGCCGCAGGUCUGGUGGUUGUGUCUCAGGAACACUGGUUUGAUUUUAAGCAGCCUCAGUACAGGAGGCGAGUGGAGGAAACAAUUACACCCGAGACCCUGCAGAGCAGAGGCCACCCUUUUGUGUUUCAGGGACCUUGACUCAGUGCUGUAUGAGCGCGGCCAGCCCAUGGAAUGACGACACCCGGAGAUCUGGCUUGGGCGGGGGGCUCUUAGGGGCCAGCCUCGCAGUGUUUCUGACUCUAAGCAAGAAAUCAGAUGCCAACUCAUUGAAAGUUUCUGACUUCAGUUUUGUCUGCCUUUAAAAAUGGUUUGCCCAGCUGUGGUGCAGCCAUCAGAACGUGUGAGGCCCAGCGGACUGGCCUGCUCGGGGCUUCCUGGCGCCUGCUUGUAUUUGUACAACCAAGGGGUCUCCACUGGAAAUAGGUGGCUUAAGGAAGGGAAAGCAAGGGCCAGAAAGAUGGAGUGUAAGCUGUAAGUUACUAUUCUUUCCUUUGUUUUGCACAAGUAUUUAUCUUCCAGCUUGGACUUAGCAGGUAUAUAAAAUGCCAAAGCCGUAUCUGGAAACUGUAUUUAAGCCUUUAGGUUUGAUUUACGCUCCUCUCCACUGCCUGGUGAUGGUGUCAGUUCUUGGUUCCAUGCUGCUUUAUCAUAGACCACCACAGACCUCUGUGGAACAUGCUUCUUGGGAGAGAGACUGAUUUUGUGCCUUAGUAUUUUUUUAAAUAGGUACUGAAGUAGACUGACUUUACAGAGACAGCUGACCAGUGUCCGGGGUGAGAGGCAGGAAAAUGAACUCCGGUGGUAGGGUGCUGGUAGCAAACUCACAUUGACAACCUUCUCUAUUUGACACUGGAAACUGGUCCAUGUUUCUAAACCCACUGCAGCCCCCUCCAGGGUAUUGUGUCCAGGGUUUUCCACCAUGACCUGGUGGAAACUGACCUGGAAAUACAUUUUAGAAAACCCAUUUGGUUGAGUGAAACAGCCAGGUGGGUUAGUAAGGGUGGGUCGGGGAAUGGCGUGGACAUGCCAGGGGAAAACCAUGAAACGGAGGCUAUAAAGAGAGAGCAGAUCCUGAGGGGUUUGGAGGAAUGUACGUGGUCUAGGUAGAUAUGAAGAUACUGUACAGCAGGUGGGUGAUCAUGGGACAACUCCUGGGAAUGAAGAGGAUUCUAGUCACACAGUAGAUGAGGCCUUAGAAAUAUCUUAUGUGUGGUUAAGUUUGGGCGAAAAAUUGAAAGAUAUUUGGCAUGCUUUAAAACGUGGCCUGAGUAUAAGACACUUUCGCAUGUGGACAGACUCGCAUGUCCAACAGUGUGCUACUUGUGGAAGCCAUGGGCAGAGCCUUUGGUGCAGCCCGAGGCUGGCGUCACUGUGUCUGGCCUGAUGGCCCAGGGCAGUGCAGGCAAGUCGGGGGUUCCUGGAACAUCACAUUAACC